GCCCGGGCCGGCCCCGCCCGCCCCGCCGCUCCGCACCUGAGCGAGCAGCGGCGGCUCCGCCGGCCCCGGCCCCGGCCCCGGCCCCUGCACGCCCGCCCAUGGCUCGGCCGCUGCCGCUGCUGCUCUGCCUGGCCGCGCUGGGCGCCGGCUGCCGGGCAGGGACGCACCCCGCCGGCACGGCCGGGCCCUCCGCCGAGCCGCUGCAGGACGAGGCGGACAACCAGGAGAACAUCCUCUCGCAGCUGCUAGGUGACUACGACAAGGUGAAGGCGGUGUCCGAAGGCUCCGACUGCCGCUGCAAAUGUGUGGUCAGACCGCUGGGCCGUGGUGCCUGCCAGAGGAUUAACGAGGGCGCCUUCAGAGCGGAGGAUUUUUACACGGUGGAAACCAUCACGUCAGGACCCAGCUGCAAGUGUGCGUGCGUGGCCCCCCCCUCAGCUCUCAACCCUUGCGAGGGCGACUUCAGGCUGAAGAAGCUGCGGGAGGCAGAAAGCAGUGACCUGAAGCUCUCCUCCAUCGUUGAGAUGCUGGAAAGUGCCUUUUAUGGCUUAGACCUUCUGAAGCUGCACUCAGUCACGACCAAGCUGGUGGGUCGGGUGGAGAAGCUCGAGGAGGGCAUGUCCAGGAACUUAUCGCAGGAAGGCCAGCGGGCAGGAGCCAGCGGGGAGGAGGGUCUGCAGGAUGCCCCUGGCAGGGAGAACUGCUCUAGGCUCCUCCCCAACAGCCUGGCUGACAUCGAGGGCUCUCUGCAGCGGGACGCUGAGGCUGCCUACGCUCACUCAGAGGGAAGAUAUGAAGAAAGAUUCCUGAAGGAUGAAACCAUCUCCCAGCAGAUCAACUCUGUGGAAUCCCUCCCAGAGCUGCGCCUCUCUCUGGAGGACAAGAAGCCUGAGCAGCUCUUGCAGAGGCAGCUGCGGGUGAGGAGCCGGCCUCCUUCCAAGCCCACCAUUGUCCGAGGGGUCACCUACUACAAAGCCCAGUCCACCGAGUCAGAGAACGACAUCGAGGAGCAACGUGAGUUGGCGGACGAGCUGUUCAGCGGGGACAACACGGUGGACCUGCUGAUAGAGGACCAGCUCCUGAGGCCCAGCAGCAGGGCAGGCGAGCCCAUGAGAAAGCCCUCCCCAGUGGGGUGGCCGCCCACCCCUGGUGUAGCUCCCACCACCCUGCCAGCUGCUGGCACUGCUGCAGCAUCCGUGGUGCCGCUGUCCCCUGCCACGCCAGACCCCACCGCCGUGAGCUGGCUGAUCCCCACCCCGGAGUCCGUGACUGCCCCGGCAGGGCUGGCGGAGGAGGGGACCCCACAGCCACCGGCAGGCAUGGCCAGCACGGUGGUGGCCACAGCCACAGAGAAUGUGCUCGUGGCCACCCCCGCUGGAGGCUGGAGUGACAUGGAGCACAGCCCAGGAGCUUGGGUCCAGGCAAACACCCCUGCGACACCGGUCAGCCCUGCCAUCCCUGCCACCCCAAAGGAGGGCCUGGAGGAGGAGGACAUCAGGAACAUCAUUGGGCGCUGCAAGGACACGCUGUCCACCAUCUCGGGGCCCACCACCCAGAACACCUACGGGCGUAACGAGGGAGCCUGGAUGAAGGACCCCCUGGCCCAGGAGGAGCGGAUCUAUGUCACCAAUUACUACUAUGGAAACACCCUGGUGGAGUUCAGGAACCUUGACAAUUUCAAGCAAGGUCGCUGGAGCAACUCCUACAAGCUCCCGUACAGCUGGAUUGGGACAGGGCACGUUGUCUACAACGGUUCCUUCUACUACAACCGGGCCUUCACGCGCAACAUCAUCAAGUACGACCUGAAGCAGCGCUAUGUGGCCGCCUGGGCCAUGCUGCACGACGUGGCCUACGAGGAGUCCACCCCGUGGCGGUGGCGAGGCCACUCUGACGUGGACUUUGCCGUGGACGAGAACGGCCUGUGGAUCAUCUACCCAGCCAUCAGCUAUGAGGGCUUCAACCAGGAGGUGAUCGUGCUGAGCAAGCUGAACGCGGCCGACCUCAGCACUCAGAAGGAGACCACGUGGCGGACGGGGCUGCGCAAGAACUUCUACGGGAACUGCUUCGUCAUCUGUGGGGUCCUGUAUGCGGUCGACAGCUACAACAAGAGGAAUGCCAAUAUCUCCUAUGCCUUUGACACGCACACCAACACACAGAUCAUCCCCAGGCUGCUCUUUGAGAACGAGUACGCCUACACCACGCAGAUAGACUAUAACCCCAAGGACCGCCUGCUCUACGCCUGGGACAAUGGCCACCAAGUCACCUACCACGUCAUCUUUGCCUACUGAGACCCCCCACCACAGUGGGGCACUGCAAGCCAGGGGCCACCAGCACCUUUUAUUAUUAUUUUAAUUGUUAUUAUUGUUAUUUUGUACAAAUUGAAGAGUAAAUGAUGGGUUUUGUUUCAAGCUGUUUUUUUAUGGUGGAUUGUAGAUCAAUCCCCAGGCCAGAAGCACCCCCUUUGUCUUUGCUGUAUCCUUGCUUCUGAUUUUCCUUCCCAGGGGAAGGAGCUCCUCCUUUGGAAGGGCAGGCCCGGCUCUCCUACCCAGGGAAGAAGAGGUGGUCCAGACACCAUCCUCCUGAGGAUGUUUUUAGCUAGAGAUGAUAAGCAAGACACCCUGACCCAGUGCAAAGUUGCACGCACCAGGUCCCAGUGGGAUGCUGCUGCCUGCCUGUCCUGGUGGAGGACCUGCAUGUCCCAUGGGAAUGUCCCGUCUCUCAGGACCAUCUUCCCAGCUGACGGCCAGCAGGCCCCUUGGAGAUCCUGCUGUACAAUGGGGCUGCGAGCACAGCUCCAGCAGCCUCUGGUGCUGGUACUUAUGUCGAGGACUGUCCCCUCCAGCUGGGCUUUGCUCUCUGCAGGCUGCUCUGGGGGGCUGGGUGCACCCCCGAGCCCUGACUCAUGCCUGGAGGGAGUUGGUGGCAGGAGGGGUGUGCUGUAAAUACUUGUAGAUGGCUUUUGUUUGUUCAUUUUGUAACCCAAAUAGUCCCCCUUGGCAUUUGCUGGGUGAAGGCUCUGCUCAGCUAGGCGCUGGGCUGCCUGGGCAGGGGCUGGCAGAGCCCUCGCUGUGCCACUCCUCCUCCUCCAUUCCUCAUGCCCAUGCCAGCCCUGGUCCUGGACCUUCAGGAUCACCUCAGAGAGGCACAGCCCUUGCCCUCCUGCCCAUCAGCAUCUUGUAUUUACCUGCUGUCAGUAAUAAAGGAUCCAGUACCUUCGCA